CCUCUAUUUACUGAACAUCACUAAUUAUCUGUGGUGUUCAGCUCAAGUCUCUCCUGAUAUGACCGUGCAGUUUAUCACUUCUUUUCUUUCCCUCUUCCUUACCAACACGUGGUCUGCGUGACUCACCGUGCACGUUAUCCUGCUAACCAGUGUUUGCAGCCACACGAGUUACACAGCGCCACUUGUAACUGUGACUCUACAACAACGACGUUGAAACGAUUUUUUUUUUUUUUUUUAUAGAACAAAGAGUUUCCUGAAAAGCAAACGAUUAUACACUGAUUGCCGCGAAAAGUAAAUAAAAUAAAAGUUCAGAGUUGUUUUGUGUGCUUCUUGAGUGUGUUUGUUUGUCUGUCAGCAAUAACUCGCCAUUCUCCUUAAUUAAUGACACUACUCUUGGUGUUAUUCUGUGUGUUACUAUUUGUGGUCUUUCCAUCAGUGCUGCUCUUGCUGUUGCUGAUAGUAGCGCUUGCUGUGAUUUAUAUCUUCUUCUUCUUCUUCUUCUUCUUCUUCUUCUUCUUCUUCUUCUUCUUCUUCUUCCAACACGUGGCAGUGUAUCUGUUAUAGGAGGACUUUCCCCUCCCCCCCCACGCCCGGCAAUCCCUCCACGGGACCCACCACGGGCCCCCGUCCCUCACACAGAAGGCAGCCCCUGAUUGGUCGCCACUGCUCUGAGUGAGAGCUUGGAGUUAGGCAAGGAGAGAGGGAGCGCUUCCAUUUGAUGCCUAAGGUAAUGUUCUGCGAGCCGUGCAUUAGCCAGCAUCUUUGGACACCCUCUAAAGGACUGCACCAGCAACGCCCCGCAGCAAACCGGCAGGACAAGAGACACUCUAGCGAAUCAUAAACAAGGCGUAUACAAGACCUUCGUCCAGCAACAAACAAGAGAGCAAAGAGACACUGUAGCGAAGCACAAACAAGGCUUGUACAAGACCUGCGUCCAGCAACAAACAAGCGAGAAAAGAGACACUCCAGUGAAGAACAAACAAUUCUUGUACAAGAAUCAACAAACAAGCGAGAAAAGAGAGACUCUAGCAAAGCACAAACAACUCUUGUACAAGAAUUGUUUGCAUCAACAAACAAGCGAGAAAAGAGAGACAACAGCGAAGCACAAACAAUUCUUGUACAAGAAUUCUAUUCGGCAAGUAACAAGCGACCAAAGAGACUCUAGCGAAGCACAAACAAGGCGUAUACAAGAAUUCUAUUCGGCAAGAAACAAGCGAGCAAAGAGACACUCUAGCGAAGUACAAAGAAAUCGUGUCAAAGAAUUGUAUGCAGGGACAAAAAAGCGAACAAAGAGAGACUCUAGCGAGGCACAAACAAGGCGUGUACAGGAAUUGUAAGCAGCGGCAAACCAGCCAACAAAUAGUCGAUCUAGCGAAGCAGAAGGACACAAUGUACUCGUCCAAGUCUUGCGUGCGGCAAGACGAGGGCGAGACAGUGCAGGAGUGUGGGGAAGAAGCCAAGGCCGUGCAAGGUUACUGUGAGGUGAUCCGCCGCCAGGUGCCCGUCCUCACCAAGGCGGAGCUGCACGGCUUGGGCGGCGGACUCCUCCUGGGUGUGGGCGGCUUUGGCUCCGUGAGGCUGGUGGGGCAAGAGAAUGGCGCCCCGGCGGUGGUGAAGGAGCUGCUGCAAGCCGACCAGCUGCUGCCGGUGCUGAAGGAGGCUACUUUUCUGCUGCAGCUCGGUGGAGCAGGCGGGGCGCCUCGGCUUCUAGGCGUGUGCCAGGCGCCCCCCGCCCUGGUGCAGGAGUUCGUGGGGCAGACGUACGACACGUACCUGGAGGUGUGUUCCGUGAAGGGGUUCCUGGAGUCACUGCAGGCCGUGUGCCAGUGUCUGGAGGAAGUGCACGCCAAAGGCAUCGUGCACAACGACUUGAAGUGGAACAACAUCACCUUCAGUGGCUCAGUGAACGCGCCCCGCUUCCACAUCAUCGACUUUGGGUGGGCUUCCUCCAGCGGCAGCGUGGUGGUGGAGAAGGAGGAAGGCCAGAGUGACGAGGACAGCUUCACUGAGGCCUCACACUCCCGGCAAGCCCCCUGGAUGGCGCCUGAGGUGUUUGGAGGAGGGCGUGUGUUCCCCUCAGGCGACGUGUACAGCCUCGGCUUCCUGAUGGGCUGCCUGAUGGACAGGUGCCCUCACGACUUCUUGACAGGUCCCCUCAGGAGUCUGUCACGCUCGUGCACUGCGCGGGACGCGAGCCGCCGCCCCUCCCUCGCCCGCGUGGCUCACUGCCUCGCUAUCCUUGCCGGCAUCCUUACCCCUCACCAGCUGGAUCAGUACUUUGAGGAGGCCGAGGAGGAGGAGGAGGUCGAGGAGGAGGAGGAGGAGGAGGAGGAAGAAGACGAGAAGGAAGAGGAGGAGGAGGAGGAGGAGGAGGAGGAGGAGGAGGAGGAAGAAGAAGAAGAAGACGAGAAGGAAGAGGAGGAGGAGGAGGGGGAGGAGGAGGAGGAGGAGGAGGAGGAGGAGGGCCUGGCCGACGGGGAGGGGGAGGAGGGCGAGGUUGUGCUGGCAGAAGAGGAAGAGAAGAAGGAACAGGGUGAAGACAGUGACAACGUGAAGGAAGAGGGAAAGAAGAAGAAAGAGGUUGGUGAAGAUAAUGAUGCACAUUCAGAUGAGGAAGAAGAAGACGAGGUCGAUGAUAAAGCGUCAGAAGAGAAUGAAGGGGAGAAAGACGAUGAAGAUGAUGACAUGAUGACGAAAGACAAAAUGAAGGUUGAAAAGUGCGAGGAGUUUGAUAAUGUAGAGUUGGAAUCAGAAGAGGAUGAGAGAGGAAAUGAGGGAGAAUGUAUAGAGUCAGAAGAAGAGAAUAAAGAAGAAGAAGGCAAUGGAAACGAUAAAAUUUUGACAGAAGAGAAGAAAAGGAAGAAAGAAGACGGUGAGGAAGACGAUAUACAGUCUGAAGAGGAAGAGAGAGAUAAAGGUGAUGUAGAAGAGGAGGAUGAAGGAGAUGAGAUAGAAGAAGAACGUGAAGGAGAUGAUAGAGAAGACAGACAUAUAGAUGAUAGAGAAGAGAAACAUGAAGGAAGUUAUAGAAAAGAAAAACAUGAAGGAAGUUAUAGAAAAGAAAAACAUGAAGGAAGUGAUAGAGAAGAGAAACAUCUAGAUGAUAGAGAAGACAGACAUAUAGAUGAUAGAGAAGAGAAACAUGAAGGAGGUGACACAGAAGAGAAACAUGAAGGAGAUGAUAGAGAAGAGAAAGAUUCAGAUGACAUAGAGGAAAAGGAAGAUGAUAUACAAGAGGAAAAUAAAGGAGAUGAUACACAAGAGGAAGGUGAAGAAGGAGAUGAAAAUGACGAUAUAGAAAGUCGAAUACGAAGAAGGGCAAAGAGGAAACGUGGUAGAUGACGAAGGGUGAUGCAGUGUGUGUGUGUGUGUGUGUGUGUGUGUAUGUGUGUGUGUGUGUGUGUGUGUGUGUGUGUGUGUG